GCUACGUACACGUACGAGAGCGAAUAAUGUAAAUACAUAUAAUAAGGACUUCUCAGUGGCAGUGGUCGACCCCGUAUUCGAAGCCAGUUCAGUUGAGAAUUUUCAUUUGAGAGCGACAGUUUCGAUCGGGAUGAACGUAGUGGAUUUUACGAAGGAAUUUACGGAGCUGAUUAGUCGUUGGAAGAGGCCCACUUAUGCAAACGAAGAUGGCAGCCAGUCCCUGGUAGUAACGAACGAUAAAUUGUUAAACGCGAUACAAGAUGUGCUUCAAGUACAGCUGGGAGUGAAUUUGCGAAUGCCUGACUAUUCUUCAGUGAAGACACCUGCGACAGGAAUCGCAGUAUGUACUCCGAACGCACCUACGAUCUUAAAGCCGGACAUCGAAAGUGGUGGCUAUUUGGCGAGAUUCGGAUCGCUGGAUACUUUGAUGCUAUCGUGCGAAUCCAAGAAUAUCUUCAGUCCUGCCACCGAACCACCGAAAAGUGGGGGAAAGAUGGAGGUCGUUGAGAACAAGCGAGUCUUAAGAUCCGACAAAGUAAAUCACGCAAACUCCGCCAAGAGAAGCGACACGUUCGUUCGCGAAGAAGCUAGAAAGAAAUCAAUGAAUGGCGUCGUGAACCAGAAGGGAGACGAUGGUUCCCCGCGAAAGGAGCCAGUCAUUAACGAUCUAAAGAAAAUCAUAAAUGAUAUGCUCGUGCUACGAAGGCACGCAGCGGACGUCGUAUCGAAAAUCGACGACAUGAAGCAGAAAGUGUACCCACAGACGAUAAAGCCUAUUCGGCGCCUGUCCUCCGUCGGCGUUUAUUCCAGCACGAGUCGUACCUCGACGCUGACGAGACCACCUCCAUCGUCGAAGCAUCGAAGAUCUACUUCCGGUGUUCUGGGCACACCCACGUCUUCGAAAUUGAAUCUGGCGCCUCCAACAGAGAAGAGCAUCCCUCUGCAGAAGCGCAAGAGCACCUAAGAUCGCGACAAAUCUCUACUGCGGACUUUUUAAUUACCCUAAUCUUCGAUACGCGUCAGGAGAGCGUAAUAAUGUACAGAAAUCGAGUCAAGGACUCACUUCCGGUUCCCUGGACCGUGGUUACGGAUUAAGUUAACAAGGACUCGAGGUUAGGCGUCGAUGAAGGGACGGGAAAUUGGGGCUGCGUUUGCGUGUUGAACUCCAUACGGAAGCUCGAAACGAAGAAAACGAAAGCUAAAGAACUCGAGAGAUUACGAAGUCGGAUGAUCAGGUUAUGUUCUACUAGUGACGUGCGUGACUCUGCGGUUUCGUUUGCUAAGACCGCUGAUAGAUGCCAGAAAACGCAUCGACCCGAUAUCGCGUAAACCAGCACGGACGUUCGAUUUUAUCAUAGUUGAAGUUUCGAUAUGCCGAACGAGGCAACCUAAUUCGGUCAUGCGUCGAAAAAUUCGCGUCAUCGAUGAACUUCGUCGAAUCACCGUAUUCGUCGUUUCUUCCCGCUCGGCGUCGAAUUGCUAAUCCGUUUUCGUUUAAGGAUGUGUUUACAUUAAUGUACGUACUUUCUUAGACGAAAAUGGUAAUUCGAUGUUUGGUUGAAGAGAAGAGGAACGAUGAUUCGAUCGAAUUUAUCGAUGACGCGUGUCUUCUAUCACACGAUCGAAUUAGGGUACCUCGAUUUCGCAUAUCGAGAAACUAAACGAUGAUUAAAAUCGAGUCUGUACUGUUUUUCGCAAUAUCGGGUCGCUGCGUUCUUCUAUCGACUAUCAGGGGGUCGACGCAACGAAACCGCAGAUACAGCACGAAAUCGUUAGAAUGGAAUCGAAUUGUUGCACCGUCUAUGCUCUCUCGAAUCUCCGCGCUCUUCUCUCAUUUUAAGUUCAGGUAUGGCGCUCGGUACGUGAA